GAAAAGAAACCCAAAACCGAGCCAGGAGCUACAGCGAAAUUGAUUGCUGACGUGAUUGAGUAGUGUUUUCCUUUAUUUUCACGGAAUUUUGUAUAUUGUACUGUAAGAAAAUGGUCCACUACGUUAAAAUGGAAGAUGGCAAAGUAAUGCCCAUUCAAGAAAUGCUAAAAAGCAUUGAACGGUACAAUCCAGAACAUUUAAAAGUAAUUGAAUCGUACGUCGAGGAGCAAGCUCGUGACAACCAAUAUGACUUGGAGGCAAAUCUUGCUUGCCUAAAACUGUAUCAGUUCAAUCCGCAGCUGAUGAACCUGGAUAUUACCUACACAAUAUUGUUGAAAUCGCUUACGAAUUUCCCUCACACGGAUUUCGUCCUGUGCAAAUGCUUACUGCUGCCUGCUCAAAUGAAUGACGAUACGGUGAAAGAAAUUAUUUACUUGGCGGAUAUUCUGGAGAAAUGUGAUUUUACAUUGUUUUGGUCCAGAGUGGCACAAAACCCACAGUUCUUCAAAAACAUUACCGGGUUUUACGACAGCAUUCGGAAAUUUGUUUGCCAUGUCGUUGGAAUCACGUUCCAAUCAAUCGAAAAGGAAUAUCUAGUUCGACUGCUAGGUGAUGUUGAUGAUAAUGUUCUUCGAGCAUGGGUAAAGAAGUACGGAUGGAAAGAGGAUGGACAAUAUGUGACCGUCGCUAUGCAGGAAGGCAACAUCAAAACGAAACAUAUUACCGAGAAAAUUGAUUUCGAAAAUCUCGCUCCUCUGAUGGCGAAUUGUCUGUAAUGUUUCUGAAGUUCAGCAUCAAUUACAUUUCAACAAAUGAAGUACAUUACAUUCAAUAAAACCAAUUUCGU